AUGCUUAUACACUCCAAACCAUUUUUACUAUCAAGUAUACUCUAUAAUUUCACUUCAAACAUUUCGAACAACAGCACAAAAAUUCCCGCUUUACCAUGCAAACUGUCUAAUCAAGGCCAUUACACUGUUUGGAGGGACCUCACUUGUCGAACGUUAAAAGUUCACGAUUUGUGGAAUCUUGUCAAUGGUACGAGUAAGCAUCCUGUGUUCACCACAACUAUAACUACGGUUACAGCGGGACCACCUGCAGAACAACCAGUCGAAGGUGUAGCAGCAGUAUCAGCAGAAGAGGAUAAAGAAAAAACAACAGACAAUACCGAAGAAAUCAGUGAAUUGGACAAUAAAGACAACCUCACGGUCAUCUUCCUUCAAUUCAACAUCGAAUUUGAAUUUAUUCUCAAGCUCACUCUAGCCGAUACUGCUCAUCACCUCUGGACUUAA